AUGGCUGCACCAGACAUAAUCUUGUCGAUUGAAGGACAAUCGAAAAUGACAGUUUACGUGAAUCGUACGUGUCGUUGCGGUCCGUUGCUCGAUCCGUCUAAAGUGAAGAAUUUACCGGAUCAGUUCGGUCCGGGACGAAUACAUCACGUCCUGAGGGAGGUGGUGCAGCACAUCGUGAACGCUGCCUCACAAACUGCUUCCGUGUUUGGAAGACUCGAUCCGGGAACGCCGAGAAUCAUUUCGAUUACGGGUGAGAUUCGUUGGGUUUGGGUCUGCUUAUUGUAA